AUGUUCACGGGGAAAUGGACCACUCGAUACCUUGAGGAAAUUGGGAUUGAAGAUGACGAGACAAUGUUCGCCAUCCUGGAUCAUGGACGAUGCAUCGAUGAACGGUUGAACGGUAUGCUACAAGAGGCCAAGCGUCCCAACCUCGUGGAGAAGUAUUCCGUCAUUCAAGCACUGAGAAAUUUUUGGAAGAAGCGCAAAAUAGCGAGAAUUCCGGAGAAUCGAACUGCUCUCGGAGUGGGGAAUUUUGGCCUGCAUAUGAAUUAUUUAUCGUCCGACUUCGGGAUCAAAUUCGGUUCAUUGAGUCUGGUCAUCGUUGUAGUAAAGGCGCAACUCGAGUGUCUUUUCUUUUCUCCAAUUGUCCCCGAUGACUCACGACUCCAUUCGGCGUUGCAUGGACUGAACUCGUGCUUGUAUACUCUCGUUACUUACGAGAGCGAGAACGUCCGGGGAAUGGCCACUCCGGGGCCGUGCCAGCGAUUUCUGCCAGGCACAAUUGAUGUUCGCCCCAGUCUGAAUCCCCAAUCAGUGCAAAUCGAAGAAAAGAAGGAGCGCAAGUCAGGGUUCAGUCAAUAA